AUGACAAUUCGAGUGGCGAUGAACAACAGUAAAAGUAACAAGUUCAGAAAUGGUGUACCUUCGACCUUGCUUGCCUUUAUCUGUACACCUAUCACCAUUAUUCUUCAUAUUCUCUAUAUAUCCUCAUUAAUCAUUAAAGCUUCUAAUUUUUUACAUCUUAAUGAUCAGUUUAUGAAGACCAAUGCUGCGAGGCUAGCUGUUGUGAAUGAGUAUGAGAAUACAAAAUUUAUCAAGACUUACUUCGAUAUAUUUUUAUCGUGGAAACCUUCGACAAAAAGAGUUCCAGCACAGUGUGGUGAUUUCAAUGCUGGCUUUCACACAGAGAGUAACUUGAGAGACGCUUUGCUGACUUUUAUAAGAAGCAAUAACAUGAACAUUGCUGUUUCUAAGCCUGUCAAGCUAGAAACUGUAAUCGACGAUGUAUUUGUUCGUCGAGAAAUCAAAUCUGUUGAGAAUUAUUUCGCAUUCACCAACCCUUUUAUAAUUGAAAUGCAGUUCCAACGCGAUUGGUGA